AUGCCACUCAAGAAAUUCGGAGAUAAAAUCAAGAGUUCGCUGCAACAUCUGUCACCUAAAAGCAAAAAGCGCGAUGAUGCAGUAGAAGGUGACCUUUCACCGUGCAGCCUCCCAACUGUGGCAACAGCCAAGCAACAACAGCCUGAGUCGAAUGAGCCUGCUGGAAGCCAACCCUCUAAAACCGGCGGAGAAACUGAAUCUCCAAAAUAUGACCAACAGAAAGCACCAAAUCAAGAGGAGCGAAAUCAGAUCGUCGCAGAUGUCGUACACAUGAAGCCACCAUCGCCUCCUGCUGCAUUAUCAGCACCUGCCUCACUCCCAGCGGUAGCAGAGGGCAUGUCCACGCCAAGAUGGGAAGAAAGUGCACAGAUCUUCCCCACAAUGUUCUACACAGUCAAGACACACAGCAAAGAGCCGCUGAACCAAAGCGUACUGUUGGUGAAUCCCUCCCGAAGUGACCAGACCUUCAAUCUCCGCCUAGAAGGAGGGAACAGAGCUGAGUUAGAGAAAAAUGUUGUGACCAUACAGGGAGAUUACGUGGAACGCGUGACAGUCACAAUCACCCCAGAAAACGAUACCGAAGAUGUCUACAUCGACCUGCUUCAAGGCAACAACCUCUACGACAAGAUCCGCGUCCAGACCCAGAUGCUCUAA